CACUUUCUGUCUUUUAGCGGAUACCAAGCCUUCGCGAGAAAUCUUCCCACCCAACUGCUUUCUCUUGCCGGUUCUUCCCCAAUUCCCGCUGACGACCAUGCCGCUACCCUAUCGGCCGUGCUCUGCUUGCCCCUUAUUGCAGCUCUUCCACAGACCCAGCUCUUCCACAGACCUAUGGACCUAUCACCUAUGCCUCUCCCACCACGCGAGCGACCAUGCCGCCCCCUUAUCGGCCGUACCCGCACCGCUGCAGUUGGGUCUUUUCUGCAUCUUCCCAUACACCUAUCGAUUCCCUCAUCUUGCCCGGCUUCUACGGCUUUGCUGGCACACGACACCGCUGCAAAACCUUUGCCACACACGCCAACACCAUGCUUUGUACUGUCCUUUCCCUGCUCAGCUCGAGGGGAGAUUGAUUUCCUUGCUUCUCCUCGCCCAAAACGUUUCAGAUCCAAAUUCCAGCUUCGGUUUCACCUCCAUACCAUUUUCGGUCCACUUCUUCUCCCACCUCUCAUCCCAGCUACCGCUAAUCUGCUUCCAUACAUGGAUGGCUGGAAACCCCUGCCGCCUCAACGACUUCUACGAGCACUCAACACUGUGGACUAAUGAAUUGGAAUCGAAGCAUUGGCCAAAUUUGCAGAUGGAUGAUAGUGGCCAAUAUCGACGCAACGCAAGUCACAGGAGAGGAGAGGUGAAGAAGAUCUGUGCACUUGGUUUGCUUCAAAUCCAACUGGGCUCCCUUUUAUCUCUGUUUCCAGAUUGUAGAAUCAUUGUCGCUCUAUGGAGAGGGUCGAGAAAGCUGCUGCAGAGCCAGAUGUUGCGUCGGCAUCGACUGAAGGAAGAGACUCAAUUCGAAGGCGGGGGAAAUGUGAGCAGAUUUCCUAUGGGCAAGGUUGAGAAGGUGAUGGAGGUGCCUGUGCUGAUUCCAAUGGUGGAGAAGGAGUUGUUGAAGGUGGUCGGUAAGGGGAUCAGCCGAUCAGGCAAGGUGGAAACGAAGAAGUGGCCAAAGAGUGCUCAGAAGAUCUUCCGAUGCUCAAAGCUACUCUGCUCCAUUUCUUACUCCGGGCUCAGAUACAUAUAUGGGUUGUUCAAGCAGCAAAUCACCAAGGAGGGCCAACUGGAGCUGCUGAAGAUUGGCUCGAGUUGUGACAAGAGUCAUUUCUAUUUCUUCACUGUCAGGAUGCCUUUGAGUAAAGGCGAUGCUAUAUGGUGUUUCUCAAUGGGUUACUACGGGAACUGGAUGCAAAUGUAAUAGAAUCUUCAUGAAUAAUGUCCUGCUAGGACUUCAGGUCCUGGACACAACCUUUUUAUGGGAGUAUGAUAGUUGUGUAUCUUCAGUGAUAGGAUGCGUUUGAGUAAAGGCGAUGCUAUAUGGUGUUUCUUAAUGGGCAAGCUUCGUGUGGGUAGAGAAAUAGUUAAUUAGUAUGUUGUAUAUUGAUUUUCUAAAUAUUUUCUAAGUACGAUAGUUGUGUAUCUUUCUGAUCUGGACGAUUACGCAUUUGAGUCGUACAUGUCAUAUCAGAAUUCAGUAGUAGCCUUCUUACUGAUGGUCUUACGGCUUUCAUGCCAUAUCAGAAUGCUU